CAGAUUUUAAGAAGUACUUUUCAAGCAUCCCAAUGUCUCCGCAGGGCAAUUUAAGCAGCAACCAAUCCUGCAUGAUCCAGGAUGGCAUGCUGUCUCCAUUUUUACCCAUCGGCUACAUCACCAUCUGCUGUGUGGGUCUGCUCUGCAACACCAUAACGCUCUACAUCUUCUUCCUACGCCGGCACACGGAAUCCUCCAUGGCGGUAUACAUGCGACAUCUAGCGCUGGCGGAUACCCUGCUAGUGCUGUGUUUACCCCUGCGUGUCUAUUACCACAACACACCAGGACCGUUUAACGUCUGCAAGGCGGUGGGCAUCUUAUUCUACCUCAACAUGUACUCCAGCAUCCUCUUCCUCAGCCUCAUCAGCCUGGACCGCUACCUGAAAAUCAUCAAACCUGUGUGGGUUUUCAGCAUCCAGAAGAGAAGCUGGAGCCAAAAAGCAAGCUACGGUGUUUGGGUGUUGCUAAUUUUAGGAAUGAUCCCGUUUUUGAUUGGCAGUGGACAGAAGCAUGCCUGCGAUAAUAUUUGCUUUCACUUCCACAGCAAGGGGAUUGUCGCCGGAGGUGUGAAUAUAACAACAGUCGUCGUCUUCAUCGUCUUCUACAUCGUGUUUAUUAGUUUCUACAUCAAGAUCAUUCACAAACUCAAGGGUAUGUCUUUGGGGAACGGCGAUCUGAAGGCUAAAAAGCGAGUUAUGAUCAAGACUUUUUUGGUUCCGGCCAUAUUCACGGUUUGUUUUCUGCCGUAUCAUGCUGUGCGGAUACCGUACGUUCUGGCUCAGCUGAACGUGAUCGCGGAUCUGCCGAGUCAGCAGUUGCUGCAUAUGUUAAAUGAGAGCACUUUGCUGUUGUCCACUUUAAACAGCUGUCUAGACCCUAUUAUAUACUAUUUCCUGUCUGGUGCGUACAGGAAAACCUUACUCUGCGCCAUUCAGGGCAAGUUUAAAAACAUGUACGCUUUAAACAGGAGGAGAAUCAGCAUCAACCGCUCUCUGACGGAGAUUUGACUCUUUAAAGAUGACCUGUUAUGCAGAAAUCACUUUUAAUACGUAAGCUAUGUGGUGUAGAAACUGAAUCUCCCUUUGUACGUGUCAUCAGAGGAAAAAAGCCCCGCCCACUAGUCACCAUCUCUGCUUCGUUUGCAUUAACAGCCCUGAGUGAGAAGCAGCCGUCUGUCCAUUAGCCAUUAGAGUGUUUGAGCUGCUGAUAAUGUCAACUCUCACUCUCAUAAUCACACUCUCACUCACUGAUGCUCACACUGAUAGCGUUAGACAUGUAUUUGAAUCUGCCACUAUGCUGACACACAGGCAUUUAUAGCUCCGCCCUCUUCAGAAAAGAGCAUAAUCUCAUUUGAAUUUAAAGCGACAGUCAUCAAAACUCUGUAAUUCGGCUCCAAGCCUAAAAGGGUCUGUUUCAGAGAGUUAUAACACAUUAUUGGUGUGGUAUUUUGAGCUGAAACUUCACACACAGACUCACAAACAUAUUUGACAUCUUGUAAAAAGGGACACAAUAGAUCCCUAGAUUGGUUUAGUUUUAAAUGAUGAAUACUUCCGGUCAAACUUUGGGCAUGUGUCACUGAAUUGCAGUAAUAAUAGCAAUGCAGAAUGAACUGCUGUGUCUCUGGUGGUGUAAGUGUGUUUGAGUGUGUAAAUACUGAAUACAUAUGUGUAAAAAUACCAACCGAGGCUCAUUAUUGAUACGUACCCCUGUGUACAUUUCUGGAGAGCGCGAAAUACGUUCCAGGAGGUACAUUUUUUUGCAGUUUAUGUUUUCACGAAUCCACCAGAGGGCGCUGUGUACGCUUUUUCAGAUCUCAAAUUUCUCUUGCGAGUGCCAUUCGUGCCUGCUGUUCUCACGUAAAUCCACCAGAGGGCGCUGUGUACGCUUUUUCAGAUCUCAAAUUUCUCUCGCGAGUGUCAUUCGUGCCUGCUGUUCUCACGUAAAUCCACCAGAGGCAGCAGUGUACACUUUUUCAGAUCUCAAAUUUCUCUCGCGAGUGCCAUUCCUGCCUGCUGUUCUCACGCAAAUCCACCAGAGGCCGCUGUGUACGCUUUUUCAGAUCUCAAAUUUCUCUCGCGAGAGCCAUUCGUGCCUGCUGUUCUCACGUAAAUCCACCAGAGGGCGCUGUGUACGCUUUUUCAGAUCUCAAAUUUCUCUCGCGAGUGCCAUUCCUGCCUGCUGUUCUCACGCAAAUCCACCAGAGGCCGCUGUGUACGCUUUUUCAGAUCUCAAAUUUCUCUCGCAAGUGCCAUUCCUGCCUGCUGUUCUCACGUAAAUCCACUAGAGGCCGCUGUGUACGCUUUUUCAGAUCUCAAAUUUCUCUCGCGAGUGUCAUUCGUGCCUGCUGUUCUCACGUAAAUCCACCAGAAGCCGCUGUGUAUGCUUUUUCAGAUCUCAAAUUUCUCUCGCGAGUGUCAUUCGUGCCUGCUGUUCUCACGUAAAUCCACCAGAAGCCGCUGUGUAUGCUUUUUCAGAUCUCAAAUUUCUCUCGCAAGUGCCAUUCCUGCCUGCUGUUCUCAUGUGAAUCCACCAGAGGCCGCUGUCGACUGACUAAUUGACCGACCGACCACACCCACUCACUUCUCUAAACCCAACUAACAGUGUUUUCAAAAGCAAUCCAGAAAAAGAAAAGCCCUUGCAGCUGCCUGACUUAUACUGCAUUUUCAGAGUUUACCACAUUCUCACCCUGUUAUUUACUUAUUUAUUUUAUUUUUUAGCUUUUGUAUUUGUUUUACCUGCUUUCUGGAACCUUUCUUCACCAGACUCAAACCCCAUUGUCAUGGUCAAGUCCUUUCUGCAUCUCAAGUCCGCCGACGUACGUGUCGAGCUACUGGGCAAGAUGGUAACAAUGGAAAAGCCGUCCACAUGGAGAUAAGCAGUCAGCUGGUAGUGUGAAAAGAAACAGAAGCUGUUUGCGGCAUCAUACCGCCCUGUUGCGUUUGUUUUAAAGAUGAAAUGCAGCCAUACGUACCUCUGGCUACAUAAUUCGCGCUCUCCUGAAAUGUAUAGGGGGUACGUUUUCACACUGAGCCUGUGUUGGUAAAUACCGAAUAUCUGCGGUAGCAUUUACUGUAUCAAUGGUUUUCAAACUGUUUGAAAGUAUUUAGUGUUAAACUUGUUAAUGAUUUG